AUGUUCCGAUUCCGAGCUUGCACGGGCCGUCUGAUAACUCGCUUCAAAAUUGACAUUUUGGGACAAAACACAUACCAAAUAAAUGACUGGGAGCUAAUCGGAAGCCGAACAUAUCCAUGGCAAGGAAAUGAAGUGCUACGGUGCAAACGAUGGGACAAGGUAGCCAUCAGAUGGCACCUCUCGACCUGUACAGCGCACGGAAAUUGCGAAGGUGGAACCAAUGUGGACUACGCCACAAAUGCUCAAAACUGGACAGAACUACCAGUGUGGAGAAAUGCGUUCACAUAUGUGCAGAUUCCAGGAGCGGUGAGGAAAACCGAUUUCUUGCGGCUGGGUCUGACUGGUUACGAUACUAGGAAAACGGUUUUGGAAUCUUUCGCUCCAUUGAAAAUCGACGUGGAUUGGAGAUGGCAAAUUACGAGGGAUGGUUGCAAUAAUUUUGUUGUUAGAAUGUCUGCCAUGUCAAUGAUCAACGAGAAGAUGCGCCCGAAACUGGAAAGAUUCUGUCGGCAUUUUGAUAAGGAUCACUUUGUAAACUGUCACAAUCUAUAG